AUGGCGGAGAUAAUUGAAUCUCAGGCAUUAAAAAUUAUCAUAACAUUCUUGGCCGGUGCUGGCAAAGAAUGGUUUAUCGAAAAUACAGAGACAAUUACUACGUGGACAGUAUUCAAACACGAAUUUCUUAAAAUCCAUUCGUCACCCGCAACCAAACAAUUGGCAGCACAACGUCUUCGAAAUCGUCAACAGCGCUUAAAUGAACCAAUCAUUGAAUAUUAUAUCGAUAUAAUGAAAUUAUGUAAAACAGUCGACCCCGAUAUGACUGCCGUAUCAAAAGUAGAUAACUUACUCCACGGAUUAAAGUCAUCAUUAAUGAAAGAAGUGCUACGCCACGCACCAGAAACACCCGACUAA